AUGACCAACCGCGACCCUGAGUUUCGACAUCAGCUGGGCAAGUUCCGUCUCGAUUCCUCCUUGACAUCGCAUGUUCCCACUCCUCCCCCACCGACUCUUCCUCCCCAGACUUCUCCGCAAUCUCAGCCUCCUUCCCUGACGAACCCGGCGCCAUUGCACACACAGCACACCUCGUCUCAUAGCUCCCACGUCCACCGCAGCAAGCGUGUUUCAACUGCCUGUGAUUUUUGUCGGAAGCGGAAAAAGAAAUGUGAUUUCCGUUACCCAAAUUGUUCCGCCUGUACACGCGCCGGAGUGCGAUGUACCAUUCCUCCACCUGGUCCCCAGGUCGCGAGUGCCUCCGUCCCACGAGAUCAGUUGGAGAACCUGCAAAACCGCGUACGAUGGCUGGAAGAUGUUGUGCGCCGCAAGACGGGCGUCUCCGUAGCUGAUAGACCAACAGGGAGUCAGUUGGACGGAGAAGGUGAUCCGGACUGGUGGUAUCAGGUACCGACCGUAUUGAUGGGUCGUGACACCUCCCGCUCAACGACGUCAGCCACAGUCUCGGGAUCUAGUCCAACCGAUUCACAUUCCGUCAGUACAGAACUGCCCAAUGUGGGCGAGAUCUUUCGUGAUCAACUCGAGAACCGACGACCCUCGGUUGCCCGUCCCGUCGCGUCCGCCCCGCACGUUCUUCGGCUGGCCUCGCUGGAAGAUGCCGAGCGAGUGGCUUCGCAGUAUUUCGACAGCAUGGGUUAUCAAUACCCAUUUCUCAACCGCCCUGAAUUCUUCACACAAUUACGACGUAUCUAUGCCGGGGAGGUUCCCCCACCCGAAGUGCUUUGCACGUACCACAUCACGAUCGCUAUUGCCCUGCUGAUCAAUCCUGCCGACGGCGCACAAGCGAAUGAAUACUAUCGAGCGAGCCAGGAAACAGUGUCAUUGUCGUUACAGAAUGAAGAUUUAUCAUCCGUGCGGGUGUUACUGAGCAUGGCACUAUGGACCAUGUUUUCCACGAACGGCCCGAGCGUGUGGCAUGUGCUGGGCAGCGCCCUACGCCUGGCUGUUAGUUUGGGUUUACAUAAACAUCGAAACUUGUCCAGUGUGAUGGAAGAGGAAAUGGAAAAACGGGCUUUUUGGAGUCUAUACAACCUAGAUCGGCUUGUUGCGAGUACCCUUGCGCGGCCGUUGGGUAUCGCGGACGAAGAUAUAAGUGUGAGCUUGCCGCGCGAGUUUAACGACGACUGGACCGAGGCGCCAGGGGCCAGUGCUAUGACCAUCCCAGUACAGGUGGUCCGCUUGCGCCGAAUAUUUUCGCGCAUUUAUCGUUACUUAUACAAUAAUCAACCUCCUCCUCCCCCAGCUGAUGUUUCGCUUACGCUUUUGCACUUUCGCCAAGAACUCGAUGACUGGCGUCGAAAUGCACCCGUUUACCCUGCGGCACUUCUCUAUUCGACGAGCUAUUACGACUACCUGUACGCUACCACCCUGCUCCUCAUGCACCGACCUAGUCCACGAAAUCCGACGCCGGACGCGACAAGCAUUGUCAGCUGUGGCGAUGCCAGUAUUCAAGUGAUCCGAUCGUAUUGGGAUAGUUAUUCUGUUGGGAAGCUGAAAUGGAUUUGGCUGACUUUGAGCCAGAUCUAUUUCGCUGGUAUUACUAUCCUGUGGUGUCUUAACCAAAACUUCCUCGCAGUCAAGGACGGCCACCCGGCAGCCUGGCAGCCGAAUGACCAGAUGAUGCGACGGGCCAUCCAGGCCGUAGUAGUAGUGCUAGAAGAGUUUGGCAAGCGACGGCCGGGGGUGGAACGACUGGCGGAGUCGUUUCGCCAGCAAAGCACGGUGAUCUUUAGUCACUUGGCAUAUCAGCAGGAGCAGAUCAACACGCAACCCCAGAGCCAGCCACCGCUGCAACCCCCAUUGCAACCACAGUUACAGCAACAAAAUAUCCUAGUGGCACCACCAGUGCCCAUGGCGGCCACUUUAGACGAUGUGCUACUGGUCGAUGGGUCAGGAAACGUUCCCUUGAUAGAUGCCCAGCUGGCCGAGGAAUUACCAUCCUUCCACGGCACCCUCAUUCACACCCCCAACCCCACCACCAUCGAAAUCCUCCCGGACACCCUCCUCAUCAUCUCCAAAACAGGUAAAAUUGAAUACAUCCGCCCGUCCACCAAGCCCACCGACAUCCCCACCCUCCUCAAACAACAAAACUACAACCCCGACGAAUUCCCCCUAAGCACCCUGCGCCCGACCGAAUUCCUCAUCCCAGGCUUCAUCGACACCCACACCCACGCCCCGCAAUGGUCCCAACGCGGCCUGGGCCGCGGCAUCCCCCUCCUCCAAUGGCUCGAAGAAAUCACCUUCGCGCACGAGUCCAAACUCGCGGACCCCGUCUACGCAAAACAACUCUACCGCCUCGCCGUCCAAGGUAGUCUGAAACAAGGCAUAACAACAGCCUGCUACUACGGCUCCCGCCACAAAGACGCCUCCCUCAUCCUCGCGGAAACCUGUCUGCUGAUCGGUCAGCGCGCCCUUAUCGGAAAAUGUAACAUGAACCGCCACGCCCCAGACUGGUAUGUCGACUCGUCCGCGGAGGAAUCCCUCUCCGACACCCUGGAAUUCAUCUCCGCAGUCAAGAAACUAGACGAUGCCGCCGGGCGCGUGACCCCCGUUAUCACACCGCGGUUCGCGAUUACCUGUGACGAGCCGCUGCUGCGCGGGCUGGGAGACGUAGUCAGACAGUACCCAGACAUUCCGAUCCAGACGCAUUUCAACGAAUCGCACGGCGAGAUAGACUUCACGCGGACGCUGUUCCCGGAGUUCAAGAACGAGACGGAGCUGUAUUCUAGCUUUGGACUGCUUACUGAGCGGACUAUUCUGGCGCAUGCUAUUUACCCGCAGCCGGAGGAGAUACCGCUCCUCAAGGAACUGGGGUGCGGAGUUGCGCACUGUCCUAUUCCUAAUACGACGAUGGAUGAGUUCAUGGUUGCCCCUGUGCGCGAGUACCUGGAUCAGGGAAUUAAGGUUGGGCUGGGGACGGAUUGCGGGGGUGGCUACUCAUCUUCUAUGUUGGAGGUGAUGAGGGCGGCAUUUAUGGUUUCUGUUGCUAAGCAGACAGAGACGAAGGGACGGGAUCGGCCGUUGAGUAUUGCGGAGAGCUUUUAUUUGGCGACGAUGGGUGGAGCUAGGGUUGCUGGGUUGGGGGAUCGGGUGGGGAGGUUUGCCGUGGGGUUUGAGUUUGAUGCUUGUCUUGUGAGGACGGAUGUUGGGGAUGGGAUUAUGGCACCUGUGGAGGAGGUGGUGGAUGAUGCUGAGAAGGUGUUUGAGAAGUUUCUUAUGACUGGGGACGAUCGGAAUAUUGUGAAGGUUUGGGUUAGGGGGCGAGAGGUGAAGGGGAUGGUGGCUUGA